AUGGCUGUGGCCUCCGCUGCCCCAGGGAGCAUCUUCUGUAAGCAGCUCCUUUUCUCUCUCCUGGUUUUAAUAUUAUUUUGCGAUGCUUGUAAGAAAAUUUCUCUUCAAGUUCCUUCUCAUCUUCAGGCUGAAACACUUGUAGGCAAAGUGAAUCUGAAGGAGUGUCUCCAGUUGGCCAGCCUAAUCCUGUCAAGUGAUUCUGACUUCAGAAUUCUAGAAGAUGGCUCCAUUUACACAACACGUGACCUCAUUUUGUCUUCUGAAAAGAAGAGUUUUUCCAUUUUCCUUUCAGAUGGUCAGAGACAAGAACAGAAAGAGAUAGAAGUUGUACUGGUAGCAAGAGGAAAGAAGGCUCCUAAGAAGAGACAUACCAAAGAUGCAGUUCUCAAGCGCAGCAAGAGACGAUGGGCUCCUGUUCCAUGUUCACUGAUGGAGAAUUCAUUAGGUCCAUUUCCACAACAUGUUCAACAGGUCCAAUCUGAUGCUGCACAGAACUACACCAUCUUUUACUCCAUAAGUGGACCAGGAGUGGACAAAGAGCCCUUCAAUUUAUUCUUUAUAGACAAAGACACUGGGGAUAUCUUUUGUACACGAAGCAUAGACCGUGAGCAAUAUGACCAGUUUCCAAUAUAUGCCUAUGCAACGACUGCAGAUGGUUAUGCUCCAGAGUACCCACUCCCCUUAGUAUUCAAAGUUGAAGAUGAUAACGAUAAUGCCCCAUAUUUUGAAAACAAAGUGACUGUCUUUAACGUGCCUGAAAAUUGCCGAUCCGGUACUUCAGUGGGACAAGUGACUGCCAGAGACCAUGAUGAACCUGACACUCUACAUACUCGUCUGAAGUAUAAAAUCUUACAGCAAAUCCCAGACCAUCCAAAGCAUUUCUCUGUACAUCCAGAUACGGGUGUCAUCACCACAACUACACCUUUCUUGGAUAGAGAAAAAUGUGAUACAUACACGUUAGUAAUGGAAGUGCGAGACAUGGGGGGGCAACCUUUUGGUUUAUUUAAUACAGGAACAAUUACUAUUUCACUCGAAGAUGAAAAUGACAAUGCACCAUAUUUUACAGAAACUUCUUAUUUUGCAGAAGUAGAAGAAAACAGAAUUGAUGUUGAGAUUUUACGAAUGGUGGUACAUGACCAGGAUUUGCCAAACACUCCUCACUCAAAGCCUGUGUACAUGAUCCUUCAGGGAAAUGAAAAUGGACACUUCAAAAUUAGCACAGAUCCAAAUACAAAUGAAGCAGUCUUGUGUGUUGUGAAGCCAUUGAACUAUGAAGUCAAUCACCAAAUUGUUUUGCAAAUUGGUGUACUUAAUGAAGCACAAUUCUCUAAAGCAGCAAACUUGCAAAAUCCUACUAUGUGCACUACAACAGUCACUGUUAAAGUUAAAGACAGUGAUGAGGGCCCUGAAUGCCAACCACCAGUAAAAGUUAUUCAGAGUAAAGAUGGCCUCCCAGCUGGCAAAGAACUCCUUGGAUAUAAAGCAUCGGAUCCAGAAAACCGCAGUGGGGAAGGCUUAAGGUAUAAGAAGAUACAAGAUGAAGAUAAUUGGUUUGAAAUUGACGAACACACUGGUGACUUGAGAACUGUAAAAGUGCUAGACAGAGAAUCAAAAUUCGUAAAAAAUGACCAAUACAAUGUUUCUGUGGUUGCAAUGGAUGCAGAUGGCAGAUCUUGCACUGGAACAUUACUAAUUCUUUUGGAAGAUAAUAACGAUCACCCACCACAACUUGAAAAAGAAGUGACAAUUUGUCGAAAUACUAAGGAUUCUGCUGUUCUAGAACCUGUAGAUCCAGAUGGACCUGAAAAUGGUCCACCUUUUCAAUUCUUUCUGGAUAAUUCUGCCAGCAAACUUUGGACUAUAGAAACAAAGGAUGGUAAAACUGCCAUUCUUCGUCAACGGCAAAAUCUUGAUUAUAACUAUUAUACGGUGCCUAUCCAAAUAAAAGAUAGACAUGGUUUGGUUGCAAAACACAUGUUAUCAGUGAGAGUAUGUGACUGUAAAACUCCAUCUGACUGUAGAAUGACUAUUCCAGAUGUGAGAGAUGUUAAGCCAUCAAAUGUAAUACUUGGAAAAUGGGCUAUUCUUGCCAUGGUGUUGGGUUCUGCAUUGUUGUUAUGUGUUCUGUUUACAUGUUUCUGUGUCACUGCUAAGAGAACAGUAAAGAAAUGUUUUCCAGAAGAUGUAGCCCAGCAAAAUUUAAUCGUAUCAAAUACUGAAGGACCCGGAGAAGAAGUAAUGGAGGCAAAUAUUAGACUCCCCACACAGACAUCCAACAUAUGUGACACAAGUGUGUCUAUUGGCACUGCUGGUGGCCAAGGAGUCAGAACACAGCAAAGUUUUGAGAUGGUCAAAGGUGGAUACACUUUGGAUUCUGGCAAAGGAGGUGGACACCAGAGCCUGGAGUCUGUCAAAGGAGUGGGACAGGGAGUAACAGAUACUGGCCGAUUCACAUACAACGAAUGGCACAGCUUCACCCAACCGCGGCUUGGCGAAAAGGUGUAUCUGUGUGGACAAGAUGAGGAGCACAAACAUUCUGAAGACUAUGUGCGUUCGUACAACUAUGAAGGGAAAGGGUCCGUGGCCGGCUCGGUAGGCUGCUGCAGUGAUCGGCAGGAAGAAGAGGGACUUGAGUUUUUAGAUCAUCUGGAACCCAAAUUUAGGGCACUAGCGAAGACAUGUGUAAAGAAAUAA